AAGGAGGAGCAGAGGCGCGUGAAGGAGCAGGAGGAAAGGGACCGGCGUGCGAGGAUUGAGCGGGAUAUGCGCAUGGGCACAGGCUAGGCGUCGCAAGAAAGAAGCUGAGGAGAGAGCCGAGGAGAAGAAGCGCGAGUUGGCGGAGAGGCGUAUGAGGGAGAGGGAGGAGCGUUCGGAGGAGCAUCGCCGUUUGGAACAGUGGCUUGCUGAGCAAGCAAGGAUCAAGGAGGAAGAGCUUAGGAGAGAGGAUGCUGAGAGGGCCAGGGAGCGGGCCGAACGCAAUAAGAGGGUAGAACAGAUGGCGGCCUGGGUCAAGCGGGAUAAGACAGAAAGCAUGCUCACCGGCUGGGCUACCAUUCAGAUCAACGACUCCCUUGUCUGGCGGAGGAGGUACUACAAGUUUAUCGGCGAUACCAUGUUUUUCUAUCGCAGUCCCAAGGACAUGAACCAAGUCCUUGAUCAAAUCCAACUCCGCGGAAAACUCAACGGACUCAAAGAGUGGAACGACGGCUACGAAGAACUCAAAGCUAUACCCAACUCUUUUGCUAUUGAAUUCAAGGACCAACGUGGGCCGUGUGCGAUGUUUUGUGAUACCGAGGAAGAAAAGGAUAAAUUGUUAGGUGUUUUGCAUUAUACCGCUGGACUGUGAUUGGAACAUGCCCUCUUCGCGUCCUUUUACUAUCUUUAUACCACAUGCCUAUGCACUGUAUAUCAUCAUCCCUCUUUGGUAUCUUACUUUGAUCUCCACAACAUACACGUACUUCUUGUACUAGUAACGCUCAAACUGUCUCGCCGUGAAGUUCUUUACGCGACCCUCGAGGAUGUGAGGAAUGUGAGGGCGGGAUAAAAUUAGAUACGCUUGACUUGAAUGCUUUUGUAAUCCGAGUCGUAUGUUCUCAAGAUACGAGAGGUGGUUUGCCUAACAAAUCCAAGCAAGCGCACAGGAGCAACAGUUUGAGAGCUACGAAGUAGAUCAUAGUAUCAUCAUGUAUUUUCUAAAACGAGGACCACUCAGAAUAAGAACUUGAAGAAAACAUGGCGUCCGAAUUCCCAGA